AUGCGUUACACUCAGCUUCUCCUCUCUCUCUUCCUUCUCUUCACUUUCGUCAUUGCUCUGCCCGCGCCGGCGCCGGUAGAAGCCGUCGCUGCGCAAGACGCCGCCGACAAGAACAAGAAUAAGAAUAAUAACAACAACGGAACUAAGGGCACUAAGACGAAGACCAACAACAACGGCAACACCAACAAGGGCCAGACCACCAAGGCCACGAAGAACGGAACCGGAGGAAACACCAGGCCUACCGCUGACGAGUGCGCUGCUGCCAAGAAGCUGGCUACUGGUAUCGACAAGAACAUCUCCAUCCAGAAGCAAGAGCAGAAGGAUGUCGCUGCUGUGAAGAAGGCUGUUCAGUCUGGGAACAAGGGUCAGUUCGACCAGGCUAAGACCAAGCUCGUCGCUACUGUCAAGUCUGGAGCGGAUGUCCGCGCCGAGAACCAGAAGAUCGCUCCCAAGGGUAACGCCGCAAUUCCGGGUCUGAAGAAGGUUCAAAACGCACAGGCUACCGAGUUGAAGCAGGCUCAGGGUCUCACGGGCAACAAUGCUGAUCUGGAUACCAUCGCCCAGAUGGAGAAGGAAUUCUCUGGAGGUAUCGACCAGAACCAGCAGAACAAGAAGGAUGCUCUUAAGGGUUGCUAA